AUGUUGUUCGGUGCUCCGAAACGCCGGCAACACCUGCGUUGCACUCCGAGUGGCAACGUCAUGGGCUCGCUGGAGUUCUGCACCGGUGCCCUUGGCACCAAGUUGAUCCUGGUCCUGGGCCACACGAAGUGCGGAGCCAUCAACGGUGCCACCAAGGACUACCUCGCGAACAAGGGCAAGUCCCGCGGGGAGGCGCCGAACGCCCUGGGCGCACUGCUGCAGGGGCUCAAUGACGUGGCCAAGAAGGCAGAGGAGGAGAUUGGUGGCUCCCCUACAGAGGAGCAGAUCGCAGCGCAUGCCGUGAAGGUCAACGUCUUCAACUCCAUGGACUUCCUUGUCAAGAACAGCCCGACCCUCCGAAGCAAGGUGGAAUCUGGCGAGGUGGAGGUCGAGGGAGGUUCUUCGGUUUCUGCAACAGACUCCGUGCUGGAUGAGAUGGUGCCAAGCUUGAAGACAUAUUGGCAAGACUUUUCGAACAUGGUGUUCCAGAACACCGAUCCAUCACGUGGGUUCAUGGUAGCGCGGAUGGCUGCAACCACUGCGUACAGCCCGUGUGCUACAGUUGACCGCUUGCUUGUCCCGCCUCCCUCGGCAAGCUUUUAG